GGAUAUAUAAGUGAUCCGACGGGGUACACGAGAUGUAGUCAGUCCACAGUACCGACAAGAGAUCGCCAAGCACUUGGAGCAACAUGUUUAAGCUGAUCGUCCUUCUCGCCACUGUCGCCUACGCGUCCGCCGGCCUCUACUCCGGAUACGGAGGGCUCUACGGCUACGGUGGUUACGGCUACGGCGGCUACGGAGGCUACGGCGGCUACGGCUUGGGUCAUGGAGUAGCGAUCGCACCUUCGUACGGAUACGCGCACGCUCCAGUUGCGACCAGCUACGCCAACACGUACAAGGUUUCGUACCCAGCGGUAGCUCCAACCAUCGCUAAGCUCGCCGUUGCACCCGCCAUCACGAAAGUGGCGUACAGCGCGCCCAUCACGAAGGUGGCCUACGCCCCGUCUUAUUCUGCACCCGCGGUGAGCUACGGCCACUAUGGAUACUCGGCUCCACCAACGGUCACCACCUAUCUGAACAACGGUCUUGGAUACGGUCACGGUCUUGGAUACGGCCACGGUCUUGGAUAUGGUCUCGGCUACGGCUACGGACUCGGCUAUGGCCACGGUUAUGGAUACGGUGGCUACUACCACUGAGCGGGACCACCGGGCCCAGGUCUCGGGGCAACGUCUUCCUCGACAAGUCCGAUUUGUAAACGGCCGGCGACGCAGCCUGCCGCGCUGCCACGAACAUUGUCAUCGGCUAUGUACAUGAUACGUUAAUAAUACACAUUUUCAUCUUUUA